AUGGCUUCUAGAUCAAGUUCUAAAGAAGCAAGAGAAAAAGAUAGUGACAGCCUUUCGCCGUUGAUAACAGGCGGAAGUAGUUCGACUCUUCAGGGAAGCCAAGCAAGCAACGGCAAAUCUUCGUCACUUGGCGUGACAUUAUGUAUUCUCCUAACGGAGCUUUGCGAGCGGUUGACCUUCUAUGGAAUAACAGCAAACCUAGUGCCAUUCUGUGAAGAUAGCUUAGGCUUUAAGAGGCCUAUGCCUUCAACUGUCAACCUUUUGUUUCAAGGGACUUGCUACUUUAUUCCUGUGUUCGGGGGAUGGCUAGCUGACACCUUCAUGGGCCGCUACAAUGUUAUCUAUGCCAGCUGUCUUGUAUACUUCUUUGGCACAGUGUUAUUUGCUGCCGGUGCCUGCACCACUGGGGACAUAUUGAACAUAUUUGGCAAGCAGACAAAGUACCUUAGCUCCUCACUGAGGAAAGCCAGUAGCAUUGUAGCCUUAGUUGUCAUUGCUUUUGGCACAGGAGGGAUUAAAGCAAAUGUUUCACCUUUCGGUGCUGAUCAGGUGCAAGGAAAAGGUCCUCGUGCAGUCCAGAAGUUUUUCAACUGGUUCUACUGGUUUAUAAACAUUGGCUCCUUUCUUUCUUUCACGCUAAUUGUCUGGGUCCAGCAAAAAUACACAUUCUUUUAUGGAUAUGCCGUCACAGCUAUAUCAAUGAUGAUUGGAACUGUAGUAUUUAUGACUGGUCGCAAUUGGUACGUCGUUAGGCCCCCUGGUGGAAGUGUGUUGACAGAUACUUACAGAGUUGUGAAAUUAGCCAUCAAGAGACACUGGUCUUCAGAUAAGAACUUGCAAAGUGAGGGAAUCCAUUGGUUAGACAGAGCUAAGGAAUCAUAUGGUGGGGCCUUCUCUUAUCACCGCGUUGAAAAUGUCAAGUCCCUGAUUCGUCUGUUACCUGUGUUUGCAAUGUUCAUCAUUUACUGGACAUUAUAUUCACAGAUGCAGACAUCAUACCUAAUUCAAGCUGAGUACAUGAUGCUUGACUAUGGUAUCCAACUCCCUGCUGCAUCACUUUCCAUCUUUGACAUAGUCUGUGUCCUUCUUCUUAUUCCACUGAUGGAUAAAGUAGUCUACCCUCUGCUGCGCUACUGUGGAGUCCGUUUCACCCCCCUGCGGAGGGUUGGGGUCGGAAUGCUGUUUGCUGCAGCAUCUGUAGCUGUAGCAGGACUUGUUGAGAUUGAGAGGAAGAGAAUGUUCAGAGAUGGCCAAUGGCACACCUCAACAAUGUUCAACAAAACCCACAAUGUGUCUGACAUGAGUAUAUUUUACCAAGUGCCCCAGUUCAUGCUGAUUGGCACCAGUGAGGUCUUUACUAGUAUUACAGGUUUAGAGUUUGCUUACUCCCAAGCUCCGAGGUGCCUCCAGGGGUUGGUAAUGGGGAUUUUCCUGGUAACAUCUGGAUUGGGGAACUACCUGGCCAGUGCUUUGACCAACAUUGUCACAUCAGUCGACAAGUCAUGGUACCCAACAGACCCAAACACGGGUCACUUGGAAAACUACUUUUUUCUGCUUGCCAUAUUGAUGGUGGCAAAUUUUAUAAUUUACAUACUUGUGGCCAUGCGUUAUAAAUAUGUUGCGCCACAAACUGAGAAGGGUGAUGUCAGGACACAAGAAAAGGCACCACCAGAGGGGAUAUCAGAUGAGUCUGUGAUAUCACAAUCUGUUGAGGUCAAAACUGCUUAAAUGUAUUUCACUUCUAAUAGCUAAGUGUGGUGUGAAAAAGUACUUCCACCAAUUCAUUUUGGACUUACUCAAUCAUUUAUGCUACGUAUGUAAAGAAACAGAACAAACAUGACUUUUGAUAAAGAAUUUGUUUUAACACAAUAUUUGUUGAUAACACUUUCCCCCGUAGCGGUACAGCAAGCAGUAUAGCCUUGGUUUCCAGCCGACGCGUGAGCCCGAGUUCUUUGCUGAUCGCGGGCUCAUACGAACAAGCUAGAAAUCAGGCCUACCAAUAUACAAUACUCCAUGCAAAUUGAUUAAAUAACCUAGCUAUUUGUUUUUGCAGCAAAACUCAUUUUUUUGUUAGGAAAACCAUGUGCGCUAUUAUUUCAAUUCCUGUUCCCAAUAUCAAAUAGAGACUUUGUGUAGUGAAUUGGCCUCAGAAUUAUUCCAUAUAAAUUCCAACAAAAAUACCAAGCAAAAAUCUUGUACCAGGAAAUUUAAAGUAUACAGCAUUAGUUUUGGUGUCUUUUAAAUUGUAAAUAACAUAUCAGAGUAAUUGUGUUUCUAUUGAUGAAAUAGAAUUAUUCGAGGCUGUUCAAAUUUGUUUUGAAUUUCCAAAAUGCAGUUUUUUUUCCGGAUUCACUGUCCAUGUCACCUUGACCUCUAUAGGCAUACAGUAGUGUACCUAUAUAAUUUGUCAACAUUUAUUGAAAAUUUAUUCUAAACAUUGCAAACAGUAUUGACUAUGUAAAAUCAUUGAAAUUAUCUUGGUACAGUAUUUUGUCUGAAUGCUCAUCAAAGUUGUAAUAAAUUCUCUCUUAGCUUUG